UCGUAGCAGAGAGAAAAGCAAGGCUAAACCUCAGAAACAAUGGAUUAGGGACACAACCUCACGAGAAAGAAAGAGAGAGAGAGAGUUGCUUCAUUCGUCAAAUUAAUCUUAUUGGUGCAACCUACCCAACCUACCGUCUCAGGGAUUUCCCCCAAAAAAUCUUUCUUCGGAGAUUUUUAGGGUUUUCCCUACUGGAUUUUUUCGCGAUUCUUCGGGAUUUCCCGUUCUUUUUUUUACCCCUUUUGGUUCUAACUGAACCAUUACUGUAUCUCGUUGAUUUUUAAUUCUCGCUGGAACAGAUCCACCACCCCUUUUGCGUAAAGAGCAGAAUCCAGGAGUUUGGUUUUGAUAUUUUGCGGCAAAAGUGGAAAACAUUCUGUGGUGUCUGUGAUUCUUGUGCCGUUGGGAUGUUGUGAUCUUAAUAAAUAAGAUUGGAAAUGCUUGAUUAGUUAGUUGGUCAACAACCGAUGUUAUUAUGAGGAAGAAAAGGAAAGGAAGUGAGGCAGAUGCCUCCGAUCUGCCGGAUGAUGUUUUGCCUUUGGAACAUGAGUCUGCGUCUUCGAAUUUGAAGUGUCAUUACUCGCUGGAGGAUUGCUUUAGGCUGAAGAAGAGGUGCAAGGAAGAUGCCGACACUGAGCCCGCCUCUUCUUAUAAGAGGAGGCUCGCCGGCAUUGCGACUGCCCCGCCUUGCGGGACUUCAUCAUUGCUCACGCCGGGGAGAGGUCUCAAGAGGAAGAUAGGUUGCAUUGAUGCUGCUACCCAGAUGGGCAGGAAGAAGAAGAUUGAGGAUGAUUAUGUUCCUGGUCAAACGAUUGGGCAAGGAAAAUUUGGCUCUGUUUGGUUGUGCCGAUCAAGGGCUAGCGGAGCAGAAUAUGCGUGUAAGACUCUGAAGAAAGGAGAGGAGACAGUUCAUCGAGAGGUUGAGAUAAUGCAGCACUUGUCUGGACAUUCCGGGGUUGUGACACUGCAAGCAGUGUAUGAAGAAGCUGAAUGCUUCCAUCUUGUGAUGGAAUUAUGCUCCGGGGGGCGACUGAUCGAUCAUAUGUUUAGGGAAGGUCCAUGUUCGGAACAGCAGGCUGCUAAUGUACUCAAGGAAGUGAUGUUAGUCAUCAAGUACUGUCAUGACAUGGGAGUUGUGCACAGAGAUAUCAAACCUGAGAAUAUUCUGCUCACAGCAUCAGGAAAAAUAAAGCUUGCAGAUUUUGGCCUCGCAAUGAGAAUUUCUGAAGGUCAGAACUUGACUGGCUUAGCAGGAAGCCCUGCAUAUGUCGCCCCAGAAGUAUUGUCCGGCAAAUACUCCGAGAAGGUGGAUAUAUGGAGUUCGGGAGUGCUCCUGUAUGCUCUAUUGGUUGGCAAUCUUCCAUUCCAGGGGGAUUCAUUGGAAGCUGUUUUUGAGGCAAUUAAGAAUGUUAAAUUGGAUUUCCAAACAGGCAUAUGGGCAGCAAUAUCUAAGCCUGCACGAGACCUCGUCGAGAGAAUGCUUACAAGGGAUGUUACAUCAAGAAUAACAGCUGAUGAAGUACUUACGCAUCCAUGGAUGACAUUUUACACAGAACGCACAUUGAAGCCACUGCCCAGCCGAACAAAAACGAAGCACCAAGUUGGUGCAUCAUGCGGACGGUUUGUCUCCGCCCCUGUAACUAGGUUAGGAAGAAACAGGUUAGGUAACAGCUCCCUUAGCGAGUCUUCGUCCUCUGAGAGUUGCGACUCAGAUGAUGAGGACGGAUGUGUGCUGAUCGACGCCCUAGCCACGGCGAUCUCACACGUAAGGAUCUCAGAACCGAAGAGGAGCAGGUUGUGUGGUCCAACAGGUCCAAUAGUUGAGCAAGGUUCAUCUAACAUGAAGGCUAACAACCUCUGUAAAGCAUUUUGACCUACUGACAUGGCUGACAAUUGCCACAUGCCACACUACCACGGUACCCUCCGCUUUUGGGGUGUUUUAGAAGUUACUUUCCCCCAUCACAACGACAACACAGCACAGCAUAACAACGGACACAGUGGGCAAAAGUGGAUUACAUUGCUGACAAUUCCCACGUUAGGUUGGCCUUUUGUGCCAAUUGCUCUCCAACUUCUCCCUUCUUUUAGUGUAUGAUCUAAUUGCAAUAAUUUUUUUCUAGUCCCUUUGGUCGUUAACCUAAUAAUGUUUGACUGAGAGAGUGAAAUAAUUGUACAGGAUAUGUAUAUAUAGAAUGCAUAUUAUUCUAUCUC